AUGGGAAACCAGAUGCUACAUCUCUCCUGUCGACGAGUGGGGAUCUCUAGUAGAGUUUUUCACAAUGUGAGUCGUUACCAAGGCAGACAAAGAGUAGCCAACCGGGCGUUCUCACAGACUGCCAAAGUUGGCGAUGAUAUCAAAGACGACCACGAAAGUGGGCCUAGGAUAGUUCGAGUUGUAUCACAACGACAGAGCCUCUUGCCGGAGAAACAAUUUCUCGGGGAACUGGCUAAGGAUAUCAAAUCAUACGUCCAAGGGCUCCAAGAUGGAUCGCUGCGGAAGACUUCCAGCAAAGAUCCGUAUCGAUCUAGGAUCAAAUCUCAAAAUGAGCACCGUAUCAAGAAAACCAUUCAUGAUCAUUCUGUUUCGACCGCAUCUGAUGUGGUUCUCGAGCGAAAACCUUCCUCCCUGAGUCCUCGUCAAUUUAGCAUCAUCUCUCCGGACCCCAAGCGCACUACUAAAGAACAAGUCCUGCAAUUAAUUUCCAGACGUGCCCGCAUGACACAAGCUCGAUACUUCGCAAACUUCUCCAAUGUUUCAGCCGAAGAGGCAAUUGUUAUUUUAGUUACCCCAGCCUUCGCAAAAUGGCUUGAAGAUGACGAAGGUUUCAUCAAAAAAGUCUUGGAUUGUUUUACAUAUUAUCACGUGGAUAAAAAGCCGAACUACGUUGUUGUUGUCGGUGCUGUGGUUGAUGGACUUGCGCCUUCACCUCAUGAGGUUCCUAUUGCGGAGCGUGUUGGCCCACUUGAAGGAUUUUCGUUCUUGCAUGGUUUACGGAGUCAACUAUUAAAGCCGGAAAAUGUGUGGAAACCCGAAUCAUUCAGGAAUGAUACGACGAGUCCCGAAAAAUUGUCACAUCUUAUAAUUUCAGGAAAAAAUCGGCGGAAGCCUGGCGAAGAAUCAUUGGCGACUACUAUGAGUCUCCCUUUGGCAAAUACUUUAUUUGUAAACGGAAAACAUUCAACUCUUGAAAUAUCUCAAUGGACUCGGAGACAUGAGGGUGAAUAUAAAUGCAUACAAACUGCAAAUAAGCAAUAUCAGCACAUCAAAGCUUUUCAUCAUGAAAAUACCAUGAUUCCACCAAUAUUUGUACCAGCCGUUCCACUCACAUUACCUCGACCCAUUGCAAACGGCCUAGGAAAUAUUAUUCGACAGCUAUCCUUCGGGCCUGAAGAUACAGAUAACAGACCGGCUUCCUCAGAACUGGAGACUCAGGUCACGCGAUACAUGGAGUUUAGUAAACUGCAUACAAACAUUGGAGUGUGGGCUUUGAUAUACCGAAAAGAGCUCCUAAAUCCGAAUCUCAAGGCUACAACGCUUGAGAAGACAGAAGAUCUCGAGUCAACUUGGGGCGAUGAUGACAAGAAUCUUAGAUUUAUUGGUACUCAGAUAGCUCUUGGAGCUAUUCUUUGUCGCGUUGUAAGCGGUGGUGGUGGUUGGGGCGCUAAACAAGGCCUUUUAUCCUUGGAUCCUCAAUUGACAUAUGAAGAUAUUGCUUCGGCGAGGUUUGACUAUACUCCCCAUAGAAUUGAAGAAGGGCAAGAUUCAACAUUAGGCAAUCUCGCUCGACGCGGUGAUCACAUACAAUUCUUUACCAUCAAUCCCAACAAGUUAAACGAAUCCGAGCCUCCAAUGGAUAACCCAGCAUCAGAUGAGGUUUCCAAAGUAGAUUCUAGUAUCAGUGCCGACAAGAAAUUGAGAAGCAAACUCAUCACACUAGAACCACGAAAGAAUCAGCUGAACCUCAGUGAAGCUACUGACCUUAGUUGGUCCAGGAGAACUAUAUUCGGAGUGGUACCUAGUACAAUCGACAAACUUCCCAAAAGUGACAUUGCAUCGGCGUCAAAUGCUUCUGACGAAACCUUGCCCUUCCUUAGCUUUCGAAAAGGCGAGUUUGGCGCCGUAUCCGAAUCGGGAAUUUACCUCCAUUCUUCACACCAGAAACAACUCAACGCCAACACGUACGAACACAUCAAUACGAAAAUCGACAUGCCAUACUCAUACAUCUAUCGCGAUCAACCCGGUAUAACGCCCAAGGGAACCGGAGAAUACAAAAAGAAGAUGCAUUCCCUCCAGAAGAAAUUCCCGGAAAAAUCUCCCGAUGUGGCUGGGGAAGCUAUCAAAACCUCGUUUUCUGAAAUAACAGCAAGAUUCAUGAUCAUGACAGGACGCUUCCCUACUAAAGAAGAAGAAAAGGAACUGUUCGCCCAGCUCAAUAUUGAUCCUCAAAAAGAUUUUACACACGCCAUAGAAAAAUUCUUCCAGAUUCGUAAACAGAGGGUGGGUUUGAGGUCGGAUUGGUGGAUUGGUAGAUUGGUAGAUUGGUGGUUGGUUAUGAUUGCGCUUUUUGAGAGGUAUAUAGAUAGAGAAGAAGAAAAGGGAAUGGAAAGGGGGAUGAAAAUGAAAAUGAAAAUGAAGACGGGGAUGAGGAAGAGGAAGAGGAAGAGGAAGAAAAUGACUAGCUAA